GAGGAGCUGUGGGCCCAGCCAGCCUUGGAGAUGCCGAAAAGACGGGACAUCCUUGCGAUCGUCCUCAUCGUACUGCCCUGGACGCUGCUCGUCACCGUGUGGCACCAGAGUACCAUCGCGCCUCUGCUGGCCACACACAAAGAUGAUGGCAGGGACCCCCGGCGCGACGCGCCACCGGGCGCCGACCCCAGGGAGUCUUGCAUGUCUGACCGCGACAUCGUAGAGGUGGUGCGCACCGAGUAUGUGUACACGCGGCCCCCGCCGUGGUCUGACACGCUGCCCACCAUCCACGUGGUGACGCCCACCUACAGCCGCCCGGUGCAGAAGGCCGAGCUGACGCGCAUGGCGAACACGCUGCUGCACGUGCCCAACCUGCACUGGCUGGUGGUGGAAGACGCGCCGCGCCGCACGCCGCUGACCGCGCGCCUCCUGCGCGACACCGGCCUCAACUACACGCACCUGCACGUGGAGACGCCCCGCAACUACAAGCUGCGCGGCGACGCCCGCGACCCGCGCAUCCCGCGCGGCACCAUGCAGCGCAACCUGGCCCUGCGCUGGCUGCGUGAGACCUUUCCCCGCAACUCCAGCCAGCCCGGCGUGGUGUACUUCGCGGACGACGACAACACCUACAGUCUGGAGCUCUUUGAGGAGAUGCGCAGCACCAGGAGGGUGUCCGUGUGGCCCGUCGCCUUCGUCGGCGGCCUUCGGUACGAGGCCCCACGGGUCAACGGGGCAGGGAAGGUGGUCGGCUGGAAGACAGUGUUCGACCCCCACCGGCCGUUUGCAAUAGACAUGGCUGGGUUUGCCGUCAACCUGCGGCUCAUUCUACAGCGAAGCCAGGCCUACUUCAAGCUGCGCGGUGUGAAGGGAGGCUACCAGGAAAGCAGUCUCCUCCGAGAACUUGUCACCCUCAAUGACCUAGAGCCCAAGGCAGCCAACUGCACCAAGAUCCUGGUCUGGCACACACGGACAGAGAAGCCAGUGCUGGUGAACGAGGGGAAAAAAGGCUUCACUGACCCCACUGUGGAGAUCUGAGCCCCAA